AUGGGGUUGGCAGACACUGGCAAUUCAGGUAGCUGCAGCCUCUCCGACACGACGUCUAACUGUUCCCCAGCCUCCAUCAAGAGCUGCCCCCGGUCCUCCUCUGUCUGCUCCAGCAGCACGAGCUGCCAGCUGGAGCUGUGACUGGGUUACGUCUGCCAGCCUGGGACGUGCGUGCCCUCUGUCUGCGCGCCCACCCCCUACCGGCCAGCCAGCUGCCUCUCCAAGGCCCACCUAGCCGGCUCCUGCCAGCCCAGCAGCUGCCGCCCGACCGGCAGAAUCUCCAGCUCCAUGGGUUCCUACAGCCGGUACUUUGAGGGCUCCUUCCAUGGCAACGAGAAGGAGACCGUGCAGUUCCUGAACAACCACCUGGUCAGCUACCUGGAGAGGGUGCGCCUGCUGGAACGAGACAAUGCACAGCUGGAGAGCUGCAUUCGAGACGCCGCCCAGUCUCAAGCGCCUGCCUUGGGUCCUGACUAGCAGUCUUAUUUCAAGACCAUCGAGGAGCUCCAGCGGAAGGUUCUGUACACCAAGGCAGAGAAUGCCAGGAUGAUGGUGCACGUCGACAAUGCCAAGCUGGCUGCUGAUGACUUCAGGACCAAGUACGAGAUGGAGCUGGCCAUGUGGCAGCUGGUGGAGGCCAACACCAGUAGCCUGUGUAGGGUGCUGGAUGAGCUCACCCUGGGCAAGGCCGACCUGGAGAUGCACGUGGAGCCCCUGAAAGAGGAGCUGGUGUGUAUCAAGAAGAACCACGAGGAGGAAGUCGAUGCCCUCCGAUGCCAGCUUGGGGACCGCCUUAACGUUGAAGUGGACGCCACAACCCCCGUGGACCUGAACAGGGUUCUGGAAGAGAUAUGGUGUCCCUACGGGGCCCUGGUGGAGAACAAUCACAGGGACGUGGAGGAAUGUUUCACCAGGAUGGAAGAACUUAACCAGCAGGUAGCCACAAGCUCCGAGCAACUUCAGAGCUACCAGUCAGACAUCAGUGAUCUGAGAUGAAUGGUUAACAUGCUGGAGAUUGAGCUGCAGGCUCAGCAUCACAUAGCUUCAUCAUCGUCACGGACACUCACACUCAUUGAGCUCUUACUAUGA